UCAUAGGUUAUCGUACAGAGUAACUUCCCUUUACCCGCCAUCAGUCAUUACAAGAUAAUGGAAAAGGUGACCGCUUUAAGACCUACAGCAUUAUUUGGGACGCCACCAGAGCCAUUAUUCAACAAUCAACUUUGUGGUGCAACAACAGAAAUGCUUGAAGACUGGAUGGUUCUACUUGCUGAUAAAAACUCGGAGGCAUUGGAGAAUGCUAAGGCAGUUCAGGGUUCCUCUAUCAUUCAAGAGAGUGUACAAUUUUUGUUCUUAACUUGUGAUCGGAUGAAGAUGUCAAGUGAAGUCAAAUAUCUUAGCCUGGACUUGUUUGAUAGGUUUAUGCUGCAGCAUGUACAGGACCUACAUGAACAUGUAGUAAAUACUCACCCUGUGAAAACUCGCAUGAAGGAAUGGCAGGAGAUACAGAAACGAGUCUCAAACCAGGUUGUCUUACGUGUCAUUUCCUGUAUACAAAUUGCCAGUAAACUCACCUCUCACUAUAGGAUUUUAAGUCCAAACAAGGCAAGACGUUUCUUAUUUGAUGCUGGACAUCGUUACAACACGGAGAGUAUCCUGCAAUCAGAGCUACGUAUUCUAAAAACUCUUGAUUUCUGUGUCUCCAGACCCUCACCACUUGUAUAUCUAGAGUGUAUACUAGAAGCUUUAGGUAAAACAGAGUGUGAGUUUGAGGUGAAAGUGUUACACGGGGUGACAUUAAACCUGUUAGAUAUGGUGUAUCUACAGUAUAGUGAGAUUUACUCGAGACUUCAUCAGAUAGCUGCAGGUGGCUCCCCAGUCACACAGAAAGACAUGGAAUGUUUCGCAAGUGUAAGGGCAGACAAGAUGUUACUAAUGGUCACCUUGAUAACCGCUGCAGCCUACAUCAUUGACAGAAAUUCUCAUGAAAAGAUAAUGGUUAGUGUUAGCAGGAUCACUAAAAUACCAGCUGAAGAUAUUUCAGAUUUUGCAUCUGUUAUUCUGAAGACAUUGAUGGAAAGUAGUGAAGAUUAAUCACCAUGGAUACAAGUGACUGUAGGAGUGGUAUAGGUGUUUGGCCUUAAAGUGAAAGUGAUAGUAGCCAAACUAUUGUGUUUAUUUUUCAAUUCCAGCAUCCUUAAUAUGGAAUUACUCAUCUGAUUCAACAACCAUUAAGAAGACUUUAUUUAUGUACCAUCUAUAUAUUCAAAUAUGACAGUAAAUUUUUAAAUAAUUUCUACUGUAAUACAUGAGUGUGAAAUGUACAUUUCAUGACAAGUAACAUUACCAUAUAAGUCUUGUUCAAACUAAAUGUAUGAGAUUUUGAUUUUAUGUAUGAAAAACAAAAAAAUAUUGUGUAUUUAUAAUUCUUUUGUUGGAACGUCGGGGUUUUGUUAAUUGUUAUUUUUGAG